AUGGGGAGGAACAAAGUGGGCAAGAAGCGGAAGAAAACUGAACCAGAUAAAGAUGACCCUGAUGGACUCCAGGUGGACUCUACCUCUUCGGAUUCUGAUGAAGAUGGGGAGGAGAGCCUUCGCGUCCCAUAUUACGUCACAGACUAUACACGCCAAUACCAGGAGGAUUCAAUGAACUCAGAAUAUGUGGUCUUUGUAGAGUCGGCAGAUACUCAGGGACCCAUAGGAACAAGGGAUCUACUUUCACUGUCAAACUGCCUUAGACGAUAUAUAAAGGGAGUAAAGUAUCUACGUUCAAUUAAUAAAUACAAAAUUGGAGUAUAUUUUGAAAAACCAAAUUUGGCCAACGCUUUAUUAAAUAAUAAAACUUUUCUAAAUGACAAUAAUUUAAGAGCAAUCAUUCCAGCAUCAGCAGCAGAAAUCACUGGAAUAAUAAGAAACGUCUCAACUAAAUAUAGCAAUAAGAAAAUUUUUACAUUACUCUCAAGCUUCAAAAAAAUUAUAAGUGUAAGACGUUUCUUUAAAAAGGUGUAUAAUGAUGGUUCUGGUUUUUCCCUUCAGCCAACACAAACGGUUGCAAUCACUUUCGCUGCUUCUCAUCUGCCAGACUUCGUCGAUUUGGAUGGAUGGAGGCAUAGUAUCACAACAUAUAUACCACCAGUGAAACAAUGCUACAGGUGUUUGAGCACACCUAGAUUUAACAUAAGUAAGUUCACUAACCUCAUUAAUGAAUUACCUAAGCCAGUAUAUAUUGCCGGUGACUUCAAUGCUCACCAUACCAUUUGGGGCUGCCACACAGUGGAUGCUCGAGGCAGAGAUAUAUUAGAUAGUUUAGAGAAUUGUGACUUGAUCUUAUUAAAUGAUGCACAAGCAACUACUGUUGGCACUGACACUUGGAGACCAAAUGGUUUAGAUCUCACAAUGGUGAGUCCUGUUAUGGCAUUGAACUGUGACUGGUUUGUUAAUGAUGAUCCUCUAGGAAGUUACCACUUACCUACGUUAACUCAUAUUCAUAUUAGUUCUUACAAUCAAAAACAAAAUCAUAGAAUUCACGUUGACAGUGACAGUGACAAUCCACAUGUUUAUAAGAAUGGAGAUAGGGAUAAACGUUUUGUUUCUCCUUAUCCCCAUUCUCGUAAAAGGAGACAUUUUGCUGUCCCUUGGUGGAAUGAAAAUUGCAAUAAAGCAGUACAAAAUAGUAAGGAAGCUUAUAUUAAAUUUAAAAACAACUCAUCGCAGGAAAAUUAUGUCAACUUUAAAAAAAUAUCAUCACCACUAUCUAAAAUUUGGCAAACUAUGCGUAAAUUUAACCGGAGCUUUAUUCCUCCAAUUAAAGACGAAAUUCCAUCUUGGGUAAACGACUUUUUACGAAAAUACACACCUGAUUUUGUAGAAGUUGCACCUUUUCCCUCAGAUCUGCGAUUGAACUCUAAUUCCUGCGAUAUCACUAAUAGUACGAAUGAUUACCUAACUUCACCUUUCACUUUGUCUGAAUUAUCUGCUGCAAUAAAAUCUAGAAAAGAUACAGCUUGUGGACUAGAUCUUAUAUCCUACAAAAUGUUAAAAAAGUUAGACUGCAAUAGUAUCAAAAAACUCUUAGCCAUAUUUAACGGCCUUUGGGAAAAUAGUUUAAUUCCUGAUAACUGGAAGAUAGAUUGUUUGAUUCCUGUAAUUAAACCAAAUAAAUCCAAGGCUUGUGCUGACUCAUAUCGUCCUAUAGCUUUAUCUUCUUGUAUGGGUAAAAUUUUCGAGCAAUUAUUGAAACACCGUCUUGAAUUUUAUAAAGAAAGUAAUAAUUUACUCCCAAACAACCAGUUUGGAUUCAGACGUGGCCGAUCUGCCCGCGAAAGUAUAGGAUGUCUUCAUACUGACAUACAAAAUGCACUCAAUGACAACAAUAUAAUGGAAAUAAAUAUAGUAAUAAAUAGGGAUCUUUCUUGUAAAUAUGAUGUUUAUAACGAGUUAAAUGUAUGGGCUGAAUAUAUAAUAGACAGUUGUACACCGAUGGAUCGAAGAAUAAUAAAAAUGUUUCCAUGGCGUUUUAUGAUUUGUACACAAAAAUUGGCCAUGGCUUGAAAUUACCAAGUCAAAGUAGCGUUUAUACAGCGGAAGCAAUGGCUAUAUUAGCAGCUUUAGAAUAUAUGUCAAAAUCUAACCAUAGUAAAUGGAUCAUAAUAACAGAUAGCAUGAGUAUACUCCAAGCCUUAUCAAACCCAGCGUUUUCUUCAAAAUCCAAUUACACUAUACACGAGAUCAGAGAAAAAUAUUGUCAACUAACAACAAACGGAAAAGACAUCAUUUUGUUUUGGACUCCAUCACAUAUAGGCGUUUACGGAAAUGAACUAGUAGAUACACUGGCAAAGAUUAUAACUAACACGGCUGAAAAUGUCCCUGUGAAAAACAUAAAGAUUCCUGAUUCUGAUAUAAUUUCUAAAAGACAAAAUAAAGAAGACAUGGUUAGA